GCGUCCUAUACUCGUGCACUAGAGGACACAGCUAGCACAGUAACCGCGUCACGUACGCACUAUGUAGGGCACUUUUAUUGUGUUCAAUUUGGUAUAUAUCCUACUAACGAAGAGAGUGAGUUUGGGCAAAGUCUCUGGUUUGGGGGAAGAGCUGGCAAUAUGAAAAGGAGGGUCAGAGUUUGUGUGUUAAGUAUUUAUUCGCUAAACGCGGUGUAGCUGCAGAUAAGACGCGGGGUUCAUGUCGCGAAAAAGGAUAAAACUGGAUUUUUUUCUUUAAUUUUGUAAAAAAAUGUUUUACGAGUGCAGUUGUGUAGAGUAGAGUAGCACAUUUGGCUAGUUAGCUAACUGAGCUAGCGAGUUUGGGUUUUUUUUUGUUGUUUUGUUUUGUUUUGUUUUGUUUUGUUUUGUUUUGUUUUGUUUUUGCUUCUACACGAGCUCCGCACGGCGCUGCUGAAGUUCAGUCAGAGUAUCAAGGUCAAGCUUCAGCAUUAACACCGUACUGAUAAACUGCUCUCGGGUUUUAUUGAACUGAAGGGCGGAAUAUGUGUGAGGAUGAGUCGCAGAGACACGCUGGCUCAUCUGUUUGCUGGAGGAUGUGGUGGUACGGUGGGAGCCAUUUUGACCUGUCCGCUGGAGGUGGUAAAGACAAGGCUGCAGUCUUCCUCCAUAACACUGUACAUCUCCGCCGUUCAGCUCAGCACAGUGAACGGAGGCGCCAUGACCCCAGUGGCUACACCCGGACCCUUGAACUGCCUCAAGAUGAUGUUGGAGAAGGAAGGCCCUCGUUCAUUGUUCCGAGGUCUUGGCCCCAAUCUAGUAGGAGUUGCACCAUCAAGGGCGAUUUAUUUCGCUGCGUACUCCACUACUAAGGAGCGAAUGAACAGCAUGCUGGAGCCCGACUCCAUACAGGUGCACACGGUGUCUGCUGGCAUGGCUGGAUUCACGGCUAUCACGGCAACCAAUCCAAUCUGGCUAAUCAAGACCCGCCUGCAACUAGAUGCCAGGAGCCGUGGCGAGCGGCGGAUGAGUGCACUGCAGUGCGUGCGCCGUGUGUAUCAGACAGAUGGACUUCGCGGGUUUUACCGCGGCAUGUCCGCAUCCUACGCCGGGAUCUCGGAGACGGUCAUCCACUUUGUGAUCUACGAGAGCAUCAAACGGCGCAUCCUGGAGACCAGAGCAGCUACUCGCAUGGACCAAGAGAACGAGACUACACGAGAGGCGUCCGACUUCAUGUACAUGAUGAUGGCAGCCGCCACCUCCAAAACCUGCGCCACCUGUGUAGCUUACCCUCAUGAGGUUGUGCGAACCCGGCUGAGGGAGGAAGGCACCAAGUACCGCUCGUUUCUGCAGACAGUGAGCAUGGUGUUCAGGGAAGAGGGGUUCAAAGCGCUGUACCGCGGUCUCACCACCCACCUAGUGCGCCAGAUCCCCAACACUGCCAUCAUGAUGGCCACCUAUGAGCUCGUCAUCUACCUUCUCGACCGCUAACAUCAGCCCCCUGACCUUUGACCCUACAAACUGACCUUCCCUACCUGCGAAGGGGAAAAAAGGCUUGGAUUUGGAAAAGCCGCUGCUCAUAGUGCCGAUAGAAACUCGUACACGAAUGUCAAGAGGAAAUUUGAGACAUUUUGAGAGUGUGUAUAGGAAGGAGACGAAGAUGACGAUGAUAAAAAAAACUUGGGGAAUGCACCAACGUGGUGGGAGUUUUCAAAAAGACAAGUGAAAGAGGAGUGGUUUUUUUUUUUUUUUUUUUUUUUUUUUUUUUUUUUUUUUUUUUUUUAAACUAGGUUUAUGUAAAGCUGCUUCCAAAGGAGUCUUGUGUAAGAAUGAACACACUCAAAGAUGCCUGAAGAAACACAUUGGGUCUCUGUUUUUACAGUGCUUAUUUACCUUUAACUUAAAUCAUUACGAUUUGGUGACAUAUUGUGUUUGUAUUUGUACUGACAAGAAAUCAGGAUGGUUACUCUUAUGCAAAAUAAGAGAUUUAAAAGUAGGGAAUGGUCAAAAAUAUGCGACAUAGUGCCAAAUGCCACGCCCUGAUUUGUCGGUGCUCAGGCUCGGGGCUAUUUGGUCAAUCUGAAAUGAAGAAAGAUGCACUUAGAUGUCAUACGGAAGCAGGAGUGCUCCUGUUCCUUCCCUGCAGCAGUGUGGGGAGGUUAAGCAGGGUUAUAUGAGUGAAUACGGUAUGUACAUAUCUAUGUUUGUAUAUUGUUUUCAAAAAAUUUUUUAUUAAAUGGUUGUUUUUGCUUAAUAUAUUAUUAACACAUGAAUGUACAUGCAAAUGUGACCAAAGUAAGAAGGUUGAACUUGGUCUUACUAAAGACGUUACUGAAGAUUCAACAUUCGCCAAGUUGAUUCUGUUCAUCCGUUUGAUCUUUUAUGUGGGAGGAAAAUAUUCCAGAAAAAAACAAAUCACAAAGUUUUUCAGUGCAACAGCUACAAAAGGUUACAGUGUCUGUGCACAUUUUGUGGUGUCGAAUACCAGAGACUUUAAAGGAAUAAUUUGACCCUUGAACCUCAGAUUCUCUCAGUCAGCCAAGAUGCAUCUGAUGGUUUGUACUUUUGUAUUAUUUUGUACUAGACCUGUAAGGUCAGUGUAACUUCUAGCUUCAGUUUAGCCUUGGGAAAUCUAGACUUCCUAAGUUGUCACACACUUGCCUAAAAGAUCGUUUUGGGCUCAGUAUUGCAAUUUGUACAUAAAUAGUUUAAAAGAACAGUUCAAUAAUAUUAUAACUAUAUUAUAAACCGAAUCAAUUCUAUGUUAGAGUUAAUGUUCUGCUGCUGAGCCACAUCUCCUACAUACAUCUGCAUGAGGCGAAAACCAAUUUUUGUGCUAAGGAAGACCGUGAUACCGGCCUCAGCACAGACCUAUGACUCUCUUUUAGCUCUACGAAAACACCUUAGCAAGGCUGUUUAAGAUGACUUGAAGGAACAUUGUGUAAAUAGCCUACGUUACCCUCACAGCUGCAGUGCAAAAUUAAAGCAAAAUGUUCUCAGACAAUUCCUAGCUGACUGACUAAUCUUGGUGUAAGAGCUUUCGAGUGUUAUGGAGGGAUGCAUCAAAUUAUUCUGAAACGUUUUCUUUUAUCACAAUGCAAUCCUAUUUCAUUUCUUCCUGUAAUGUUUUGCUAUAUCGUUAUUUAUGCACUUGUCAUUUUUGUCACUCCAACACCACACACACACACACGCACACACGCGCACACACACACACUUGAGAGUCCAGUGUUCAUCUCACUCUGCAUUGUGUUUACAUCUACAUGUCCACCUUCAGUCGUUGUAUCACAUAUUCUUAUUGUUCGACAGCUGAGAAAUGUUCACAAACAUUCACAAUAAAGACAUAUGCAUCAGU